AUGUUUGUGUGCAAUGUGAAUCUGUACCGUGGGCCCAUGCUACUCUCUGAUACUGUCUAUGAAAGGGCUAUUGGAAAGUUAACGUUGUUUAGGCCGUCGUCGGCUGGGUAUCGGACGAGGCCCCGCCUUGUCGAGCUAAACCGUCUGGGGCUAGACUACCAGUGGUCGGGCUGGAGACGAUGGUACUCUGUCCAACUGGGCUACAAAGGGACCGCAAUGUUGAAUAAGCUAGCGAGCCGAACCAACGAGGAGGACCAGCACGAACACAAGCCACCGUCAAAGCCGUUCCCAAUGCCGUAGCUGCUUUUCUUCAUAGUGUAGUCAGUGCAGCUUGAGUGUAGCCCCGAACAGCAGCAACGGCAGUAGCUCGGCGCCAAAGCAUCGUAGAUGGUCACGACAUGCAUGGCCCGUGAUGGCGAGUAUGGUAGCAGCAACCCAGAGAGUUCUUAGACAUCAAGCGAGCCAGACAGCCUAGCUUGGCGAACCUAGCUAACCUACCCUGGGCGCCCUAGGGUAGGCAUCGCGAGGAAACCUGCAAGAGGUGCCGAAGCCGUUUCGGACCGGCCGGGCUAAGUUGAUCGUCGCAGCCGACGCCACCGCCGCCAUCGGCGUCGAUACAUCUGGUUCUGGCCUAUGGCAACGACUCUGUUAGUCUGCGGUCUGUGGCCCGGGGCGUUUGUGGGUGUUAAGCAAAAAUCAACAUGGCUGCCAUCGACGAGUACCGCGCCCGACGCAGGCCACGGGUAUAGCCAGCAGAAGCACCGACAACAUCAACCCCUGGUGGGACCACGGCUCGUGCUAUCGUGGCGGUCCGACUGGUCAAUAACGAUCGGGAAGGCAACCCUCCAGAAGGGACUAAACCCUCGGAGAGAUCGAGAGAACAUUAUCUGCUGUUAGCAAUGGCUCGAUCACUUGUGUGUGCUUUAGAUAAUCCGUCGACUGAAACAGGAUGAAAGCAGUUUGGCCCAGAUCGAUAUUCUUGUUCGGUCAGUUGUUGCCUGAAGUUAUUUGGUUUUCGUGAAAAUUGUUAGAAGCGAAUUGCUGCUCUUUAGUGCACUCGCCAUUGGGUUCGAACAGCCGAAAUGGAUAUCUUCUCUGCAGGUAUAGGUAAUCUUGUCACGAUCGUUGCAGAGAUUUUUAUGGAGUAACGAUAACUACUGCAUCGUCGUACGAAAGCUAAGGGGACAUAUGGCGUAGUGGUGCUUUAUGCACAGAAAAGGCUUCGGUUGAGUUCGGAGCCUGCACGGGAUGAUGGUGGAUCAUGGUGAUGUCUGAGGAAUAAAAAGAACAAGGUGCACGCGUGUAUAAGCUUCGAUGCGUGCCGAAGACGGUGUGGCUAUAAAUCUAUAGAUUUUGCCGUUUUUCUCUGAGUGGUCGUCGUCGCUGGUGUUAUUUCGUAUCUAAAUCUGCGCAAGGAAUGUAAAAACUAUGCACGGGGGCAGCGGAGGAGAUUCGGGCCACAAAAGUCGAUCUUCGGCGCGGAGCCGCGCAAAGAGCCAAUCCCGGGUAGGCGUUCUGCAGCCAUGUACCUGGAUGCCGGAGGGCGACUGUGCGUGGCGCAAUACCGAAUGGCAGUGCCGAGCUCAGGUGGGAUCCGCCUCCCUCGUGUCGUUGAGUCGCGCCGAAGCCCAAAUGUUAGCGCUCAUUUCGCUCGAAAGAAUCAACCAAUUGCCCGGAUUCAAAAUUCCCGCCCUACCAAAAGACGAUGAUCAACCGACGAAGCCGCAUAAAUCUCGCCGGAAACCUACUGCCCUGCUCAAGAAGAAAGCUGUGACCACGAGCUUCAUUGAAAUGUCAUCCAAAUUUGAAAAUGAUACGCCAUUAGAAGACAAAACAUGCUUCGGAGUCUGUCUGGUUCGGCUUUUGGGGCAGGAUGCCAAAAUUCACGGAGUAGAAAGUACUCUGGCUGACGUGGAUUCCCUUCAUGAAUUAACCUACAGUAUGAGAUUUAAGGGUUCAUUAGAUGAAGAGGAAAUCGAAGAAGCCGAUCAGGAACGGCGGCACAGUGAAGACGGCACCCCCUGGGAAAUGGAAAGCGAUGGUACGCCAUCGAAAAAGGGCAAGGGGGCUGGGGCAGGUCGGGAACGAACUCAGAGCGCUGACCUAGGGGCCUCAGGAGCAGUAAGCAUGUCGUCAAUGACUGGAGGCAUGUCCGCAGUCAGUUUACUAGCGGUAACUGAAAGCGCUGGUAGUGAAGGUGGCGACGAGGAACCCAGGGGCGGCCGGAUUACCCGACGAACGUUCGCUUCCCGCACCGGAGGCACUUCGUCUACCUAUUCCCUUAACCUUUCCGAUGAACGCACGGGACCGCGGGUUCCACGCGUUGUCAACUCUUGCCUGCGAUAUCUCUACAAGUAUGGACCUACGACGGUUGGUGUAUUUCGGGUAUCGAGCUCAAAACGAAGGGUACGUCAACUAAGAGAGUUGUUUGACUCAGGCUCGAAGCAAGUUGAACGACUUCUUCGUGUUCCCGAUGAGCUCGCCUCUGCAGACAGCGCCGACAGUGGAGAGGACACACGGUGGGAGAAUUGGCCAAAGGAAUGGGAAAACUGGCCUCGCGGUGGCGGAGGAGCUCACGAUGUGGCACAACUUUUAAAGGAGUUCUUUAGGGAUCUGCCGGAGCCUCUCAUGACGAGGCAGCUUUAUUCCCCGUUUCUUUCUACCUUACGGCUACCUCGCGAGAUGCAACUAUUGUCCGUCGUGCACUUAAUUCGCUUGCUGCCACCUGCCAAUCGUGACAUACUAUGGGCGCUCCUUAGACUCCUACGCAAUAUUUGCACACACUCAUCAAAUAAGGACGACACUUUGUCGGGUAACAAAAUGGAUGCUAACAAUCUCGCAACAGUUCUAGGACCCAAUAUUCUUCGCACGAAUCCAACCCCUAGCGCCUCCUCGGGCCCGAAAAGUUUUUUUGUGGAGAAACUUGAAAGGGCCGAAGAGCGGAGUGAUGUCAUACUUGUUGUUAGGUACCUGAUUGAAAAUUUCGAACGACUUUUUUCUGUAUCUGCGGCGGACAUGGAUGCGAUGUAUCGCCGGAUGCUCGUCGAGGAGCCCCUCCAACUUGAGAAUCUCUUUACAGAUAGAUUUCUCUCGAGUAACUGCGAUGCCCCACCCCGUUUUACCCAGGGGAGGCGCGUCUUACGCGACGAGGUGCUCGUGUCGUCCGACCAAACGCACCCGCUACGAGAUCGAGGAAGAAAAGGAAUUCUGCGGCGAGCAACCGAAAAAACAGACUAUCGCGAACUGUCACGGUACCGCCAAUCACCCGCUGAAAGUACCUCAUCUCUAAGGCCAGCUGUAUACCCAGUCGGGCCGGUUCAAUAUGGGAGUAGGCUAAAUUCAUCCAGCUCGAAAGACACAUCCCUGACUUCAUUAAAUGAUUGGGACUCAACCAGUGGCCGCCUGGGAACCAACCAUUGGGACCAGUCUAAUUUUGCUGCGUUCGUUGGUGCGAUACAAACUCCACCCAGCAUCACUGUUACUCUGUCCAAUUCACGAUCGAAGGAAAAAGAAAAAUCGAAACAUCAGAAAUCCAAGACCAAAAGCAAAAGCAAAUAUGAGUCAGCUGAAGCUCGCGAACAACGCAGUCACGCUCUGAAAAAGUCAAAAUCAGCUUCGGCCCUCCUGUCGGGGAUUCUUUUCGGUGGGUUCCGAAGGGACUCGGAUACAUCGCCGUCGCCAUCAAUGGAUGAAGACGAGUACACGGCGCAAAGGGCUUCAAGUUCGUACUCAACAACUACAAACACGACAAUAUCAUCAAGUCACUCCACAUACACUGGCGUAUGCAGGCGAACCGACCUCAUCUCAUCUGAAUGCAGAAGGCCCAGGGAAAGGUAGCCUGUAUGGCAGCAAGUCCUUGAGCAAUCAGUUGAGAGAAUGGUGGACGGCAUACGUGACCGGAAUCAAUACAUUAUACGUGUGGAGGUACGCUAGAACACGUGAGAAACUGGUAAUAAUUAGUGUUCCACAAGUAUCGAAUCAGUCGUAUAGUAGUACAACCGUUCGACCACAGGUGCGCAUAGCAAAGUUAUCGAACAAAUUCGUAGCAGUUAUCUAAACUAUGCUUACGUUGUCCCGUAUGGUCUGAUCAAAGGCAUCAAAAGUUGACAGUCUCAAUCUAAAUUUCGCUAGAUUUUGAAAAGGAUGGAAUAUGCUCAGAGUAACCUUGGCCAUGGUUCCUUUACCGCAUAAUAGAAGUUCAACUGUAUUCAAUCAAAAUAGCAAAUUAACUCCGAAGCUAUUAGUAGAUCGUUUUAGAUAAAAUCAAAUAGCCUGUUUUACGACCAAGAUGCUGUGAUACUCAGCAGCUUCCCGACGGCGGUAAUUUAUCUUCCGGUACCUUCGAUUGUAUCAUGGUGAGUUACAAAGGCAAGCGGCUGAUGUCCUCUGUUAUAUUGCAUCGCGAAGCGUUAACGAAAAUAGAUAGAUCGAUUUCUCAAAAAUAAUUUAGCUUUCAGCCAUUACAACGUCGGUCAGGCCCUCAUUUGCGAAGAGCUGUUUUGAGACCCCUUCCGACAAAACGGGCAUUUUUGUCAACACGUUUCUUGGUCGUUGCCUCGUUUAUCAGUACGAAUGCUGCAUCUAUUGUCAUUACGCCGAAAAAAGAGUUUGGUGAUUCGAGCUUCAGUAGUCCAUGGGAUUUCUGAGCCGUCGAAAUAGACCAUUUACGAGUAUGAGAUUUAACAAACUUCAGAGUUUGUUUCGUUCUGCUUGAAGGCUGUCAUUUCUAAAUUAUUUCGAGACCCCUUCGAUUCUCAAUAUGAGAUUUGCUCUGCCUUGAAAGCACCUUCCUGUAUGGCUUGAGGCUAAAUAGAAAAAAUAUCAGCAGUACAGUUCUUCUUAAAAUAAAUGAUUAUGAAUUAUAACUGGCUUAUAAAACAAAUAAAAAUAUUUGUCAAUAAUAGAUAUUAGCUAAAUGUCAGCAACUCCGGUUAAUUGAGAAGGACCUCAUGCUACCGUUAACGAUGGACAUUUCAAAUUAUCGUAUUGGGUGAAAUUUUUGAGGUAUUGUAUGAAUGAAGGAGAUCACUUAUUUAAGCACAGGCACAUCAAACAAGCACUUCCGAACACAUCGAAAAAAAGGAAGAUCGAAAAAAAAAUUAUCUAUCUAUUUUUCGAGCUUUCCACCUUUAAUAAUUUUCCUAUAAAUACCAUUUACCCUAUGUAGCAUACGGUGUGCUGCAAUUGCAAUAAGUGGCACCGCCUGUAUAAACGUCUCGAGCGUCAAGUUGAUCAUACCUAUGCAUAUAUAUAUGCAGAGUGAGCAAGGCUUAGAGAUAAGAAGUUUCAUGCGAUAUACUGUUAACACAACAUAGAACCGCUGUAUAAUAAAUAUAAUCAAUGAAUUAUAUUUCUUGUACAGCGCGAUUUUUUGAAAACGAACAAAAGUGGUUACAGAGAAGACCUCCUUUAGGAAAAUGUUCGCUACAACUUCUUCCUUGACUCUUAUUGAUGACAUGCGGUUGCUUUAAGAGCCAGGAGCCUGGGUAAAGAACACUGGGGGAGGGUCUUUACUGUUUCAAGUCUUUCCAACAACAGAUUGUACAGACGUUGUAUGAAUAAGGAAAGUUAUUUUUCAUCAAUGAUACUUCCCUUGUUCUGGGGCAGUUCCUUUUUAAGGAAGCUAAGCUAGAAACACCAUGCCCUGAGGUCUAGUGUCUCUCGACUGAAAUAUUGAGGUUUUGGGUUAGACACCUAGCGCACUCCCAUAUACAUAUGAUAGCAUGAAUAUAUAAUAUUCGAGCUUCAAUGCCAUUACUUGAUAUUGCGUACUCUUCCUUACUCAAAAAGUAAAUAAAAACCAAAUUGUAAGGAAGACCUGCGAUACAUCCGGUAUUGUAUAAAGAGAAAAUUAGCACAACGCGUAUUAAUAAUAUGCCGCAUCUUUUACCUUCAUCCGCCUUAUUUUCUUUAGAAUUAACGAACAUCACUUUUUUACAAUUAGAAAAGAAGGCUAGCGUCAUUGUUGCAUACAUAAUACAAAUAAUGUUUCCACUAAUAGAAAAAUCGAUGUAAAGUCUACCGGUCAAAAGCAUUGGUAACAUAGAACAAAGGAUGUAUAGUGUGUGUGAAGCACAUACACAUAUGUAAACAUAUAUGUGGCAGAGUAAGAAUGAAGGACUCCAUUUAGCAUAAUGGGGCCAUCUACAUAAAUAUAAUAGAUUGAGACCUGUUACAGAUGCCGAUAGUAAAAGGAAGGCAAGUUUCGACGCAAAUCACAUAAUCAUUGAGCGGGGCUCAUCAUGUAUAGCGUAGUCUGGAAGUUAUCGAUAGACACGAGAAAAAAAAAUACAAGAAAAACUAAAAUUCACAAAAAAAAAUACAGCACGUCUGACUGGCUAAUUGGGUACAAUCCUUUUGAGUACGCUAAAAAGAGCCAUAUAUCAGAUGUACAUAUAUAAUAAAGCCGUGAUAAAAA